UGACAGCUAACGAUAAUAGUUCCGAAAAGUGUUCUGUGUACAAGCAAUGGAUAGUGGGUUUUAUUGCAACGACAACCAUGCUAACAUACGGGAUGCAAAGCGGCUGGGUGUCGCCUGCCAUCACCGUGUUGCAGUCAGAGAGCAGCCCAGCUGGCUACCCCCUGACCGAUUACGACAUCUCCUUAAUCGCCAGUGGCAUUAGUGUCCUAGCCACAUGCACAGCGGUAAUAUAUGGAUACAUAUCGGACUCUAUUGGUCGACGCUGGACAUUGGUCGUUAUAGUCAUUCCACAGAUUUUAUGUUUUGCAUUGAAGCUAGUGUCAGCUCACCCUAUCUGCCUCAUGGUGUCCCAGGCCUUGGCGGGCGUUGCCGGAGGAGGCGUGUUCACAGUCGCACCUAUAUACAUUAAGGAAAUAGCUCAGGACUCCUUGAGGGGCGUUCUGGGAUCCUCCGGAAUGUUUUUAGGGAUUCUCGGACAGCUGAUAAUGUAUGCAAUGGGAGGAUACAUGAACUAUUACACAGUAGUCUGGAUAGUAGUGUGGCUACCUAUUCUAAAUUUAAUCGCGCUAUUUAAAAUACCCGAAUCACCAGCAUUCUUAAUUAAAAAAGGAAAAGUUGAGGUAAUACUCCAAAAGAUGCUCAGCAAUUUCAUUAUUAUAACUAAAUGGCGAGUCACCACCUGUCUCGAUAACUUGUGCAAAAUUUCUCCAGAAUUGCAAGCAUUGUCUUUCCCUGCCCUUUUGGCACUAGGAUGCUUGUCAUCUGUAUUCACUGUGGAAAAAUUUGGAAGAAAGCCUUUAAUGAUAACAAGUGCAAUUUUAAUCGGAGUACCGUUGGCGAUAUUAGGAGCACUGCUUCUCAUACAACAGAAUGGAGGUUCCUUUCCAUCUUGGUUAUCAGUAGUUUGUAUAAGCGCAUGCUUGUAUGCGAGCGGACUGCUAUAUCCUUUACCAUACGUGGUAAUGUCGGAAAUUUUCAGCAUAGAGCUGAGAACAAAAGUGCUUGGUGUUAUCGUGACUUCCGGUUGGCUGUUCUGCGCGUUGCAGGCUAUCACGUUUACGCCAAUAUCCGAAUAUUUCGGGAGACAUACUUUAUUCUUCGGUUUUGCCUGCGUUAACUUCAUAGGAGCUGUUUUGGUGUAUAUAACAAUGCCAGAAACUAAAGGGAAGACUGUGGAGCAGAUUGAGAAAGAAUUCGGAGGCAGAAAAUAAUGAGUUAUUAUGAAUAUUUUUCUCAUUGAUACUUCACAUCUAUUGUACAACAAAGUUAAUGUACUUAAUAGAUUAUUAGUUGCUAAGUGUUCCAACUGAUUCAUUAAAAAUUGUUACAAUUGCAAUCUCUAAAAUAUUCAACAAUAACUUUGCCUUACCUUUCUAUAAAAUUAAAUUAAAUUGAAUUGAAUCCCAGAGACCCUUCUAAUUACUUUCAUCGUUUAUCGUUUGAAAUACCUAUACUUUGAUCCAUUAACUAAGAUAAAACGAGAUUCACUGUUUUUUUUCUGGAACGAUUAAACUUUUUAUUCAAUUACUACAAGGCUAACACAAUAUUGAACGAUAUUGCAGAAAAAUAAAUCAUUAUGGCGUAAUAGGGUAUAACAUGGAAAGUUAACUGAUUCGAACAAAAACGAUAUCUUAGUAAAAUAAAAUCUCGAAUGAAAUGCGAAUGGAAAAAUCUAUUCCACUUUUACCCACUUAUCGCGCAUUCCUUUAAAAACGAAGCCAAUAAAUUACAGUACAACCAUUCUACAACAUUUCGGUACGAUCCGCAGCCGGCGCCGGGAGUUUGGUGUCCCGGAGGAAAUCCGACCGAUCGAAUCAUGGUCACUGAGUUUGUGAAGUAACUUCUACUUGUUUUUAAGGAGCGUUUCGGAUCGGUUUAGCUCUGAAGUUUCGAAAGUGCUUCUGUUUUAAGAUUGCGUUGGAAUUGAGACUGAACCAGCGUUACUGCUGCAGCGUUGCUGUGCAGUAUUUUAGCCAGACAUUCAUAUCAUAUCUAUUGUUUCUGUCAGAACAACUAAAUCUUAGUCAUUUUGUAAUGACUAAGAUUUAGUCAUUUUGUAAUGACUAAGAUUUAGUUACGAUGUGUUUUUGUUUUGAGCGUGAUGGGCACCUUUGCGUCUGGAAGGGCGCGGGAUGAGUUGGCUAAGUUGUGGCUUUGUUUAGUUUAGUUUUAAUUUAGUUUAUACUUUAAUCUUAAUGUAUUUUUAAUGUAAUGUUUUUAAGUACCUCUAAAUAUUAUAUUGUAAUGGAAUCUUUAUUAUGUUUGUAAUCAAAUAAA